AAACCAAAAAGAGUGAGAGCAAGGAUCGAGAAAGGAGAGGGAGAGAUGGCUUCGUUCGGCAUCGUGGGUUUCGGAGCGGCAGCGGCGAGCGGGAGGGUGUUCGCGGCGACGGCGGCGAAGAGCGCGGGUGGAAGCGGGGAGGAGAAGGGGCUGAUGGACUGGAUCCUUGGUGGGCUGCAGAAGGAGGACCAGCUCCUGGAGACUGAUCCUAUCCUCCAGAAGGUCGAGGGGAAGAACGGCGGUGGCGGCAAGUCCACCGGCACCGUCUCCAUUCCCAACAACAAGAAGAAAUCCGGCAGCGGCUUUGGAGGCCUCUUUGCCAAGAACUAAAUAAUUGCUACGUUGAAGAAAACGCGAGACGCCCCCUUCCCUGCUCCCAUGAUUACAUCCGUCUCUACUCUCUUCUCCCAUCUGAUAGACAGACAGAUAUUCUGGCUGAUGUUCGAGUGUGUUCUCCACGUCUUGUUCUGUAUUUUUUUUGAAUAUUAUAACAUAAUAUGAAUCUCUGAAUCAAUUUGGUUCUGGAAAAUUUGGAAA